UCACGUUCUUUACCAUCGACACCCACCAUGACUUCCAUGUACGACGCACCGCCCGCCGAUGGCAGGGAGGCUCUGGCUAGACUACAAGCAGUGGUGAAGUCAGGCCGGCCUAUCAUCGGAGGGGGCGCCGGUACUGGCAUUUCCGCCAAGUUCAUCGAGAAAGGCGGAGGGGAUUUACUUAUCAUAUACAACUCUGGGCGGUAUCGGAUGGCCGGGAGGGGGUCGCUCGCCGGGUUGAUGCCCUAUGGCGAUGCCAAUGCCACGGUGGUGGACAUGGCGAGCGAAGUGUUGCCCGUCGUACGUCACACGCCUGUCCUUGCCGGCGUCUGCGCUUCCGACCCGUUCAGGAGUAUGCCGCGCUUUCUGCGGCAACUCAAGGAGAUUGGGUUCGCUGGGGUACAGAAUUUUCCGACUGUUGGUUUGAUUGAUGGCACAUUCCGCCAAAACUUGGAAGAGACAGAUAUGGGGUACGAAAAGGAGGUGGAGAUGGUCAGAGAAGCCCGCAAAAUCGGGCUCCUGACCACGCCCUACGUCUUCAACCCGGACGAGGCCACCCGCAUGGCCCGCGCAGGUGCAGACGUUAUCGUAGCCCACCUCGGUUUGACGACGAAAGGCUCCAUUGGCGCGCAGACGUCCAAGACUUUGGACGACUGCGUGAAGAUGACCCAGGAUAUGGCGGACGCAGCUCGGGCCGUAAAUCCUGACAUUAUUGUCCUCGUCCAUGGGGGCCCUGUGGCAGAGCCUGAUGAUGUGCAAUAUGUGCUGGAAAGGACAAAGGGCGUUCAAGGAUUCUUCGGGGCGAGCAGCUUGGAGAGGCUGCCGGUAGAGAUCGCGAUCACGGAGGGUACUAGGAAAUUCAAAAACCUCAAAAUCUAGGAAAUACAAGUAUUCAUAUUGUUGUAUUAUGAGAUUUCAAAGCUUGCACCGGUCAUCAAACGAUAGAUCGAUGAAGUCAUGAUUCCGUCGGUCAACUGGUAUGUAGGCG